GUAAAAUUAAAAUUAAAAAAUAAGAACUCCGUAGUUCUUGUAGAUUAAUUUAGCUUGUUGAGGGCAUCUAACUGCAUAUAAAUCAGUAGAAGUACAGGACGUCUACUUGGUGUAAUUACUUCUCUUAUACCAGCCUCAACGUGUAAAUACAUGCAUGUUACAGAGUAAGGAACAAUGAAUGGCUUCCUCACAUUCAACUUCUCUGCCCAAACAAAGAACUAAGGAGGUUACCUAGGUAUAAAGUACUCAGGUAGACAUUCUUCACACUCUCCUCUAUUUUAAUCAAUGAUCCCUUGCCCAGCAGCAAUUAUUAGAAACGAGUGCAAACGCGGCCGUUUGACUCUGGUGCAUUGGUCACAUGAUGAUAAGCGAUAAGGCUUGUUAUCCCCAAAGACUUCAAGCUCCGGUCUCUCUUUUGCGGAGGUUCGGGCUUCGACCAUACCAUAUCGAUUACCAGAAGCUCUAUUCGAUUUCCGUUCGUGUUUUUUGUGGAUCUCUAGAUAACCAAAAAAUCCGUCUUGGAAGAUGCUCUUCUGGAAAAUAGGAUUUUCUUAGAGCGUGUGAUGAGCGCCUGAGGACCAUGGCGGGACGGGAGCACUCUGCGGACCGGGCCAGGGUUAGUAGUGGCCCGGAGCCCGCUUUCGAUUAUCGAAGAUCAUCAAUAAGAAGCAGUGCUAGUAUCAUAUCCGAUGUUGAAAUGGCGCAAGAUGAGAUCUAUGCCGGGCCCAUGUCAGAAAGCAUCCCCUCCAGUGUUGCCUCGUUUGUCCCUCGCCGAUCGCGACGUGAAUCGCAACUGAGCUUCACUUACUUCCCAGACACCCCCGAGGUGCCGGAGUGGACAGUUGAAGACGCCGUUGAAGAUGAAGAUGAAGGCACAAACGGGUAUGCGGAAGGAUAUGAGGUUGACAUUGAAGAGACACCGCCGAGCUCUAGCCGCAUUUCAAUGGACUCCCAUACUGCGAGAGAUUCCUUCGAUGCCCCGUUGUUGCAUCGAGUCGACUCCACGAAAGACUCUACCGGACGUCAGUUGCUGGGCGAAACGACCAGCCAGAAAAUAUACGUUGCAACGGAAGACUUGACGGCAGUCAUUGCAGGUUUCAACACCAGUAUUGCUGGUUAUCUCCUAUACCUGGCAAUCUGUCUCCUGUCAUGUGGACUAGGAUACCUUCUGUUACGAUGGCUUCCCCGAUGGCGUGUGAGACUGACCGGCACCCCAACACCAUUAUGCCGAUGCCAAUGGGUUGUUGUCGAGGACCAAUGGGCGCAGUUCACGAUUCAUGAAGUCGUCAGUCAACCUUAUGAUCUCCCGUUAUCCACUGUCUUCGGCGCUCCGAUUAAGGAGGUUGACACUCCUAUGUUUGACGAGGAGCAUGAUCCUGUUCUUCCAAACCUACGGUUCCUGGAUUAUCGCUAUAUUCGCUUUUACUAUCAUCCUGCCGAGGACCUCUUCCUACAGUGUACGGGCUGGAAAGAUCCUUCCUGGACGAACAUUAAAGCUUUGCGAAUUGGAUUAACAGCGGAAGAGAGGGAUUUUCGGGAACAAGUAUUUGGCUCGAACAUAAUAGAUAUCAAGGAAAAAAGUAUUCCACAAAUCAUGGUUGACGAGGCCUUCCAUCCGUUUUAUAUAUUUCAAGUUGCCAGUCUGAUUCUCUGGUCAAUGGAUGAAUAUUAUUAUUAUGCGGGCUGUAUUUUUAUUAUUUCAGUCCUCAGUAUUACGACAACCACCAUAGAGACAAGAUCGACAAUGCGGCGACUUAGAGAAAUUUCACACUUCGAAUGUGAUGUGCGAGUAUUAAGGAGCGGAUUUUGGAGAUCUAUCCAGUCACAGGAGUUGGUCCCGGGCGACGUGUAUGAGGUCUCCGACCCGUCCCUCACUCAAGUUCCAUGCGACUGUCUCCUCCUAACAGGAGACUGUAUCGUCAAUGAGAGCAUGCUGACAGGUGAAUCCGUCCCUGUUGCAAAAUCUCCAGUCACAAACGAAGCCCUUACUUCUCUCGACAUCAGUGCGCCAUCUGUCCAACCGAAUGUGGCAAAACAUUCUCUUUUCUCUGGAACAAGGAUAGUAAGAGCCAGGCGACCACAAGAUCCUAAAGACGAUGAAGCCGUGGCAUUGGCGAUGGUGAUCCGGACCGGUUUUAACACUACAAAAGGUGCCCUUGUUCGCUCAAUGCUCUUUCCUAAGCCGUCUGGCUUCAAAUUCUAUCGAGAUUCUUUCCGGUAUAUUUCGGUCAUGGGCAUUAUUGCUACAUUCGGAUUCAUUGCAUCAUUCAUAAAUUUUGUCCGUUUAGGUCUCCCGUGGCAUACUAUCAUUGUCCGUGCUCUUGAUCUGAUCACCAUUGUCGUUCCGCCCGCACUGCCUGCGACUUUAUCGAUUGGUACAAACUUUGCCCUCUCUCGGCUGAAAAAGGAGAAAAUAUUUUGCAUUAGUCCUCAAAGGGUCAAUGUUGGCGGGAAACUCAAUGUAGUUUGUUUCGAUAAGACCGGGACGCUGACGGAGGAUGGCCUUGAUGUCUUGGGGGUUAGGGUAAUCCGUAAACCAGACUUGAGAUUUAGUGACCUACUCCCUGAAUCAUCAGCUAUCCUUCCUCAUCAGUCGUAUGAAAGGGACCCGACGAUGGACUACCAUACGAAUAGGCAAAUUCUCUAUACGAUGGCAACUUGUCAUUCCUUACGUGUGGUAGAUGGUGAACUAAUCGGCGACCCCCUGGACGUGAAAAUGUUCGAGUUCACUGGGUGGUCCUUCGAAGAAGGGAGCCAUAAUGCUACAGACAUGGAGAUAGACCGUGACUAUGGGUCUCCAUCUAUCGCCAGGCCGCCAGCUGAUUUUUCUCCUGAUUAUAAUGAGAAUGAACCAAAUAACAACCCACUCGAGCUUGGAGUCCUUCGGUCGUUCGAAUUCGUCUCCCAACUUCGCCGGUCAAGUGUUAUUGCUCGACAGUUUGGCGACCCAGGUGCCUUCAUUUUCGUAAAAGGAGCCCCUGAAUGCAUGAAGGAUAUAUGUCUUCCCGAAAGCUUACCACCCGAUUUUGAGGAUCUGCUUAGCUUCUACACCCAUCGAGGUUUCCGUGUUAUUGCCUGUGCAACGAAGCAUGUCCAGAAGCUCAGUUGGAUAAGGGUACAAAAACUACAUCGAUCGGAAGCCGAAUCUGAUCUCGAAUUCAUUGGCUUCAUCAUCUUCGAGAACAAGCUCAAGCCUAGCUCCAAAGAUAUCAUUACGGAACUUAAUCAAGCUCAUAUUCGAAACAUCAUGUGUACUGGAGAUAAUAUCCUGACUGGCAUUAGUGUUGCCCGGGAAUGCGGUAUUAUAGAGGCGUCAAGUCCUUGCUUUAUACCCCGGUUUGUUGAAGGAAAUAUUUUCGACCCGAACGCCCGUCUGUGCUGGGAGAAUACAGAAGAUUCUGACUAUGUACUGGACGAAAAUACUCUGACGCCCAUUCCGGCUCGAGGUGGGACUGAUCUGUCUGUGCCUUAUCGCGGUCCUCAUUACUUCAUAGCAGUAACUGGGGAUAUUUUUCGAUGGAUUGUUGAUUACGGAUCUACUGAAGUCUUAAAUAAAAUGCUUGUUCGCGGUCAGGUGUUCGCCCGCAUGUCACCUGAUGAGAAACACGAACUCGUCGAGAAACUCCAGUCUCUGGAUUACUGUUGCGGGUUUUGUGGUGAUGGGGCGAACGACUGCGGAGCACUGAAGGCUGCGGAUGUUGGUAUUUCGCUCUCCGAGGCGGAGGCGUCAGUAGCAGCCCCGUUUACCAGCCGAGUGUUUGAUAUAUCAUGCGUCCCAAAAGUUAUCAGGGAAGGAAGAGCGGCCCUAGUCACAAGUUUCUGUUGCUUCAAAUUUAUGAGUUUAUAUUCUGCAAUACAGUUCACUUCUGUGAGCUUUCUAUAUGCUUCCGCGUCAAAUCUAGGAGAUUUCCAGUUUCUAUUUAUCGACCUUCUCUUGAUAUUACCGAUUGCAAUAUUUAUGGGCUGGAUUGGACCGAGCUCUUCACUUUGUCGCAAAGCUCCGACCUCGAAUCUAGUUUCCCUCAAAGUUUUGGUUCCCCUACUUGGCCAGAUCGGUAUCUGUAUCAUAAUGCAGCUCAUCGUUUUUGAGACUGUCCAGUUCCAAGACUGGUAUAUACCACCAAGAAAGAAAUCCAAUGAUACAAACGUGAAAAAUUCACAAAAUACAGCGCUUUUCCUUUUGUCUUGCUUUGAGUAUAUAUUCUCCGGGCCUGUAAUCAGCGUCGGGCGUCCCUUCCGGCAGCCAAUGACUUCGAACGUACCUUUUGUUGUCACCAUAAUCGUCACGUUGCUAUUUUCUACAUACAUGCUCUUUGAGCCAGCGAGAUGGUUAUUCAAUUUCAUGCAACUUACGGAGAUGUCUAACCCGUUCAAAAUUUGGAUAAUGGGGCUAGCGCUUAUUAGCUUUGCCAUCGCAUGGUUUGGGGAGAGACAGAUUUUCCCCAGGUUGGCUCGCCUUGUUGGCCGCUUUCAUUGUUGGCUUCGUCCAGACCAAGCGAAGCAACGACGUCGGUUUAAGAUUCUACUUGAAGAGUCAUACAUAUAGUUGGACAUUACUUAUUGUAUACUCCUCCCAUCUUUCGGGUUAUUCGGUUGUCGCAGAUGUCACAAUAGGAAUACCUGGCUAUUUAGAAGUCGGUGAAAUAUCAACUAUUUCGGGCAGUCCUGCUAUUGUAUAACGGAGAGUCGACGACCGACCCCAUUGUGUAUAAUUCAGACAACAUCCACUCGAAUUUAGAAGACUAAUGUAUGGCUUUCAGGGAUGUUGUAAAAACGUAUAACUUUAUUUGCAUGUCUUUAUUGGAAGCGAUCAUGGGGGAAGAAAUAUGAUACAAAUAUAUAUCCUCUAACGCAUGCUAUCCAUAGCACCCAUCUGCUUAUCCGAAAUUCGGAGUUGCUCAACACAGCACGUAGCUCCCCGCGUAAACUCCGCCUAUAGCGUCCGGCCGUACACGACCGGGUAGCUUCAUUUCGUCGUAGGGCUCCAUCUUUCCAACGAUAUUCCUUUCCAUUUUCCACACCUUGAGUCAUCAUCGAAACGUCAAUUCAAUGUUCCCAAGGGUGCUUCCAACCGAGAAGAGCAGGGCCGUCUUUCUUGGCGCGAUACAUCAACUAAAGCAAUGCACAUGGAACAAGUCAGAAUACACAAAGUAAAUCUCCGUGGUAUACAUAGGAAUCUGCUGAUUGUGACGUACGAAGAACCACAUGCUAGCCCCAAGAGCGGUUGCCGCGAAUCGGUAGAGUGGCCGGCUUGGGCGGACUUGAAUUGGGUGCUUGGAAGGCAUGGUUGGAGGAAUCCAAUCGGAUAACUUUGUUCGGGGAUAACAGUCAGUAAAGC